CGAACGAAAAACUUUUUCGGCUGUGUCGCAGUGGUGACUUGCUUGAAAGAAAAUUGUGAAAAAAGUGUGCAAAUUCGAACUGUUCCACUCCAGAUGCAGCCACUAGCGGCCGUUAAUCAUGGACUUGGUCGAUUCAAGUAGAUAUAGCGAGAGUUUUCACGAGAUUUUCGUAAGAAAUCUCGCAAACAGGAAAAGUAAGGAUGAUAAAAUAAAGCGUAAGGAACGUGGUAAUCAGGUAACUCUGGAUGGUGAUGCUCUUUCGUCAUGGAUUGAAAUUGCACCGAACGCAUCGAAGUUUGCGGUCUACAAUGCGAUUCGCUCCGUUGUGCUCGAGGUCGAGACAAAGAACUUCAAGAGCAAUGGAUCCGCCGCCGGUGUAGCUACAUCGUCAAAGCUGAUUAAACCCUUCUGCUAUCACCAGAACUCCGGAAAUGACAAUGAACAGAACUGCCUUUCGUGCAAGGAGAAGUCUAAAGAUCUCGGUGGUCCUUUCAAGGAUAUACCUGAAGACGUGGACUUUGAUUUCGAAGAUAACUACGAACAAGACGAUCAACCUCACUUCAACGUUCCGAAGAUCGUUGGAGCAGGGCUAGAAAGCUUGUUUGAAAUAAUAUCAGAAACUCGAACCGAACAUCCACGAAUUUGUACAAAGGCACUUAAAUCACUGUACGAUAUCAUUCAAGGUCAAGAUCCCGAAAGUUUCCGCAAUGAACCCGAAAAGCUGUUCAAUUCUCUUUAUGAGAUUCUUCUCGAGCUGGCCACGAUGCAUAGCCAAUCUCCGGCUGCAGGUUCCAACAUAAAUCAUCAGAAGGAGAAUUUGAAUUGGUCUUCAAUCAGUUGUUCUACGCUGCUGGCUUUGUGUACCGCAAAGGGAGAUACCGGUAAGCUGCUGAAAGCGGUCACUUCCAUUCUGAUGUCACCCAAAAUACUGUCCGGGCAACUGAUCCAGCUACCCCAGAGUAUCAUAAAGCUGCAACGUAGCGUACACUCCGUGGCGCUCGGUCAGCUUAACCUGCCAGAUUACUACGCGUAUGGUAUUGCUCAACACAGCUUGAUCGACUACUUCACCAUAAAAGAUUACAUGUUCGUGGAGAAGGUCUUCACUCCAAACUGUAUUGCCUCCGAUGGCAAGUUUAUCUAUAUUUUAAUAUCCAAAUCGCUGAUUAAAAUUGGUUCCGGUUUCAACGGAACUGUUCCCGGUUUCAUCUACGGUAUCGCGAAAGACUUCGGCAAGGACAAGAACGAAUGGAUCGGAUAUUGCAAUAAUAAACUUCUCUACAAGAAGUUAUCAAAACGUAACAUGGAUAAUCUGCUUGUGGUGGACACGGAAACGUUACAGAUAACGGGUUCAAUUCAGACCCAAACUUCGAUCUCUAUGAAGGAUGGAAAUAAUUGUCUGUUGUUUACAGAUGGUGAAUCCAUUAGCUGUAUUUGUACAACUUCAGGAAGUGAUAAUCUGCUUGUAAAACAAUUAUACUCGAAGAACUCAUUUGCAUUUGAUCUCAAUCUAAAGCUAGCGAAAAAUGGAUUCUAUACGUUGGGCUACUCGACGUUCGAGGAAGAAAUUCUCAGUGAAAACCAGCUGAAGAAAAUACAAAGCACCAACAAUAACUUCAUCCCAGGACUACCGAAUGAAGUCAACCUGAAUGGAAUAGUUUGUGGUAAAGAGUUCGGUUUAGUGCUUGGCAGCAAUGGAAAAACCUUCUACUAUGGUAAAGGUGGCAGUUUGGGUUUAAAAGCUGUUGGAAAAAAUCCUUCUCUGAAACUUAACGAACUGAUCAUUUCCAAAUCAACCAACUUCACCCAACUGGCUGUGGGACAUGAUGGCAUACAUGCACUUUUACUAAACGAAGAUGGAUCCGUAUACUUCACCGGAACGGCUCGCAGAGGAGAAGAUGGUGAACAGUCGAAAAAUCGGAGACAACUUAAAGCGGUGAAACCCAAGAAAGUCUCCAAAAUUGAUGGCUACUUCAUUACCAAUGUAUCGUGUAACAAUGGCACAUCUGCAUUUGUAACCAAAGACGGGAAACUAAUCAUGUUCGGAAAAGAUACCAACUAUUGCGAUUCAGUUGGUAUUGUGACGGGCCUGAGCGAGGUGCAGAUAGUAAAAGUUGCCCUCGGGAAGGCCCAUUGUGUUGCUCUGGACAUCAAAGGACAGCUGUACACGUUUGGCUUGAACAACAAGGGGCAAUGUGGGAGAAAAUUUACCAAAGACCGGAACGAUGAUGCCUUUGAUCCAAAACCCAAACAACCGAGCUUCAGGCCGAUGUGCCCUAUCGAUGAGCAUAAUAUUGUCGAUGGAAAAUGUAGAAUCUGCAAUGUAUGCCGUGAAUGUACCGGGUAUAAUACAGCGUGUGUUUCCACGAAAAAGACGUUUGUCAAUGAACGUGUUCCUGGAACGCCAUGUUCCUGUGGCCAUGGGAGUGCCGGUUGUUCAAAAUGUGGAAGUUGUAGCUCAUGCGUGGCAUCCCAAGAAAGUGGUUCGCUUCCCUUCGAGCACAACUCAGAAUCAAAUCCAACGACUGGUGCCGAUCGCAUUAAGGAAGCUCUCCACAGAAAGUAUGAUAAUCUUCGUCACGGCGAAGAGGGUAACCAAUUUUCUGACACAGACACGCCCAGGGUUGUACCUGUACCACCACAACGUGUUGAAUUGCCAUCCAAAAGUCCGAUCGUUCAGAUUAGUUGUGGAUUGCAUCACACAGUGGUGCUGACCCUGGUUGGCGAGGUAUUCACGUUUGGCAGCAAUCAAUACGGUCAGUUAGGCACCGGCGAUUUGCAGCCUAUUUCCGGCGCACAUCUUGUAAAAAUUCCUCAUAUGGUUAGCCAGGUGGCUGCCGGUAGUAAUCACACGGUUGUGCUGACCAGCAAAGGUAUCGUCUAUACCUUUGGUAACUAUCAAAAAGGUCAACUAGGACGUCUACCGGGAGAAAAUCAUUUCACCUCUGGAACUGAGACGUAUGGUAUUUCAUCAGGCUUGUCAUCUGGUCGUAUUGAUUCAACCAAUGAAAGAGGAACUGUAGCGGAUAUUUUGCUUCAACGUCAAAAAUUCCUCUGGAAUUGUUCACCUGGAUCUGUUACUGGAAUAGGUCCAUCAACAGGCAAAAAGGCAUCCUGGAUUGGGGCCAGUGGUGAUCAAACUUUCAUUAAAGUAGACGAAUCGCUUGUGAAUGCAUCGAUGCUCUCGAAGUUCAGCGUAGUCGCGGAUAAAAAUACUAUCCUCUUGGUUCCAAACAAUCAGCUGCAACUGAAUUGUAUUGCAAUCAAUCGACGGAACGGCAACUGCAAAGCCCACAACACAAACCAGUUUGAUUUCAGAACCAUCACCGAUAAGUUAGACGAGAAGGAUGGCCAAGUUGGCAAAAAACGGGUUAAAAUUCAACAACAACAACAGCAACAACCCGCACAACAAUUUGGUCCGGAAAAUGCUCCAGAGAAUCAGGAACUAAUUUUGUGUGAUAUGGACAAUAGCUAUGAUGCUAAAUAUUCCUCCGAUGCAACCAUGAGGCAACCUUAUGUUGCCUUUGCCUUUGCAAUGGACCCCUGUUUCGGUAUUCUGUGGGGAUUCGAUAGCGUUUCUAAGAGCAUGAUGUUCUUCAAUGUAAUCGCAUCAGACAUUACACCCAGUAGCGAGAAUGCCAAGGAUGCGAUUGCCAUUCUUACACCCGAGAUUGCUCUCCCAACGCAAGCCGACGCAGAAGUGACGCGGUAUCAAGCUUCAUUGAAUAUUUUGUCCACAUUGGAUAUAUUGACUACGAACCAGAAAAAUCUCAAAAAAUGUUUCAUUCCGACAGAUAUAACUAACAAGGCAAAUAACGGGGAUAGUAAAGAUAACACCGAGUACAAUACCGUAUCCCGAUUUGAGAACUUCGGUGGAGGCUGGGGUUAUUCAAGUUACAGCGUGGAAGCGAUUCGAUUCAUGUGUGAUUCAGACGUCAUGAUCGCCGGCUUCGGAAUGUACGGUGGACGUGGAGAAUAUACGUGCAAAAUGAAGUUAUUCGAUUUGGGUUACGAUGGAGGAAUCAACGAGAAGGAAGGUGUUUUGAUAGCAGAAGUGGAUGAGGUUCCUUACGAAUGUCCUUCGAAAUGCAAAUAUAACAUUACCCUGCCCAAUCCUGUCACCAUCAGUGCAGACCGGUGGUACUUGAUACUGGCUAAAAUUUCCGGCCCUUCAUCAGAUUGUGGAGCUUUGGGACAAGCUACCGUGACCACGGCUGAUAACGUUGUUUUCCAUUUCAAAGCUUCCAAAAAGGCGAACAACGGUACAAAUGUGGCUUCGGGUCAGAUUGCAUCCAUUUUGUACCGCGUAAUCUCCCAAAACAGCAAAGCUAUGUUCCCAGCUGCAUCGUUAGAGCCAGUUUGCAAAUUAUCGAAAUUGUUUGCUAAUACUCUGACUAAGGACUGCUUUGAAAGUUUAGUUAUGCUUCUGAAUUGGAGCUGGAGCUCGUUCAAAGUCUCAACAACAGAUUUGUUAGAAACUCGUAAAACCAAUCAAAAUACCAUUUCGCUAAACAGGCUAGUCUACAUUUGCAAAGCGAGUCUACGUUUGCUCAGAAAAUAUAUUAAUGAGAUAUAUCCGUACAAGGGAUUCACAAACGGAGAAAAGCAGAAUAGUAAAAGUAAACCAAACGUGCGUCCAGAUUCCAAACAAGACAAGUCUCCAAAAAGUAAAGCUUACGAAGCGAAUGGUUUGAUAUCAUCUGUCGAAAGUAAAUCAGAUAUGCUUAAAGUGAACGAUAUCAACAUUAUGGAAAUCAACACCCCCAUGUGCAACAAAAAGGUUACCUCGGAAAAUAUCCAACUAGCCGAGUGUAUUGGGGACGUGAGGGCGCUACUCACGCAAAUCCUUUGUGACGAGCUACCAUACCAAUCGGGUAACGAUAUUUGUGCUAUGAUUCUCGACGUUCUAGAGGAAUGUCACAAAACGUUUGUCAGCUGUUUCAAUGCUUUCUAUCCUACAUCGUUCCUGAAGUGGAACUGCAUUUGUAAUUUGUUGGCCCAAAUCGACAAAGGAAUAUUACAUUCUCGACUGUUGAGCGGAGUAUUAGCAGGUCUGUGUGAUCCUAACAUAAAUCUGCGUUCUACCUUUUCGAUGCUGUCACCGAAUGUCGAGUACAAAUCGCUUACAAGCCCGAGCGAUAAUUUAGGUUUCCCAAUGUUGAUUAGCUCGGAAAAUUAUCAAUAUCCGAUCCUUGUUGAGCAAAUGUUGUAUCGAACGCAGAAAGAGAAAACUAUGACAUGCAGUUCAUGGACCUUCAAAGACGUGCUGUGUCGCUUGUUAGAUAUAAUAUCGAAACCGAUUCGAUUGAAGAUUGAAAACAUUUAUAACAAUCAAAGCAUUGACAUAUACCAUGGCGAUGGCAUGAAACGCAGAUUGAACAACAAUCUUAUCACCAACUCUUGCAAGCUGUUGUCCAAAGUACUGGCGGAGAUAAUCUAUCAAAAUUGCACCAUCGAUAUCGAAACUGCCAUCGUACCUUCCAAUGUGCUUCAUUCGAGUGGAAACCGUUUUGCAAAGAUUGAUGUCAGCAAAACUUGGAAUACUGGCAAUUUUGGUCCAGAUGCCAUAGCGUUCACUGUAGAUCGGCCGGGAAUAUCUAUAGCAGGUGCAUGUGUUUACUCUGGGUCGGGUAGUUACGAGUAUCAGUUGGAGCUGCUGUAUGAUAGCAUGGAGUCAAAAAGUCAACUGCAGCACAAAUGGGAAGUUAUCGAAUCCGUCGUUGGAGCUUAUGAUCAAAGUAUGGUGAAAAAUUUUUUGACCGAGAUCAAAUUUGAUCGUGCCAUCAGUAUCAAGGAAAACGUUCGCUAUGCGUUGCGCCUGUGCUCACAAGGUGCCAGAACGUGUUCCGGGGAUGGAGGAUAUGCUGCAAUCAGAGGCCCUUGCGGUACUACAAUCAAGUUCUAUCCUUGUGAUUUGAGCUUCAACGGAACGACACCGGCCCGCGGACAAAUUCCAUGCAUUUUGUAUUACAGUAUUCCAACGAUCAAUGACAGUUACUCCGGAAAGUAUAGUAAGGAAUCGCAUGCGAGAGACAUUGCGUUGCAAAUUUCUACCGAUAUUACAACGCGCUGCAAAGACUUACUAAUUCAUGCCAGAAACGCUAUUGCGUUUUCUUCUACUUCGAGCGAUAAAAGUUCUAAUUCAUCGCACAACACUCAUACGGUUGAUUCGGAGCAUAACAUCACUCCCAUCGAAGAACACUUGGAUAUUGCAUGGAUCAACAACUCGGACAUUGCUAAUGUUAAUAAUGUGACGAGUAGUAAUUUUGACCACAACAACUCUUCGACUGCAAAAGACAUAACGAAGCGUAUCGAAAAUUUCUCGAAAGGGAUAAUAGAAACGUUAAAAUUUGAUAAAAAAUCGAGAAACUCGAUCGAUUUUGAUAUCGAAAUUGAAAUCGGCGCCGAAGAAAUUACGCCUAAUGACUACAUUGACGAUCGGAACAACAAACUGGACUCGAUUUCAAACGGAAACGCUUCAGGUUUAGGAAUGAACAGCAAAGCAGAAAAUUUUUCGAUUCUCAACGACACUGGGAGCGAUGCUGAAGAAUUCAAUCACCAGCUCAAUCAAGAGAGAAUUAUCCAACUUUUCUCGGCGGAGGACUCUUGCCUUUUCACGAUGUUGCUGCCGCUUACUUUCGCACACAUUGGACCUCUCGUAUGUAGCAAUCUGAAAAGUUCGGUUGAGGUCCUUGGACUGAUCAGAGCAAUCCUUCCGCAUGUUUCGGCGUUGAAUCUCAUAAAUAAUUUCAAACUGUAUGACUUGGGAAAAGCUUCUGCAGAUAUAGGAGAUGCCAUAAGAAAAAGUUUGAACGUAGAAAGUAACGACUUGUGUACUACCAGUCAUCACUACUGCAUCGUUGAAAGCGAUCAUCCGUAUAAGCCGAGUACCGUCGCCAAUUACAGAGUUGAAUUCCCAUCGAACGUUCGUUGGAUGACGAUAGAAUUCGAUCCACAAUGUGGUACCGUUCAACCAGAGGAUUAUGUUUACUUGAAGAUACCACAGGUGCCCGAUCAAAAUCGAGCAGAGAUUGCAUCGUUUGUGAAUGAUAAUCAUGCCAGUAGCUCAGCUAAUGUACGGAAAUCGAAAGACGUGAAAAUGGAAAGUAACGCCAAAGCUGGAAGUGCACAUAAGGAAGAUUUGCCUGAAAUCGAGUGGAUCAAUGUUAAGAAGUUCAAUACGCCUCAGAACUGGUGUAGCAAUGCCAUCAUUUUGCCAGGAAAUAAACUUGAAAUAUCGCUAGAAACUGCAUCUACCUACGUUCGAGAACCAAAGGGCAACAAGUUUGGAUUCAAAUGCCUUAUCAUUGGAUUUGACAACAAAAACAUCAUGAAAUAUCCAAGUGCAUCUCUGAUUCAUCUAGAGUACGAAUUAUCAUAUUUGGGUGGUUUAUGUAGUGCCAACAUGUUGAAGAAGGAUCUUAUAUUUUCUGAUGACCUGAGUGAAAAUUUGGCGAAUACUGAAGAAACUAUCAAAAAACACACAGCGCUAUUGUCGAAGGGUUUGAUGGUAGCAGAUUCGGUUUUAACAAUAAGCAACGCUUUAGAAUCGAAUCUUCCUAUAACAGAACAAAGCUACGAGAAACAGUUUCUGAAGGACUUCAUCUAUGUCGCCGCGGGAUCUCCGGGAGCACGAUUGGCCGCCUGGUUGCAGCCCGAAUCGCGGCUCGAUCCGAACAAAUGUGAAAUUAAAAUGUCCCAGGAGCCGCUGCGCUGCGGUUGGCCUUCACACUUCAUCAUCGAAACCCGCGAUCAGUAUGGUGAUGAAAUCUUUGUGCCGGGAAUUAAGAUUGAGGUUAAGGCUUCGCUGGGCAGCAACAUGAUAUCGGAAAGUAAUCGCAAGUUACACAUGAAAUCACGCAACGAUUCACUCUAUCUGGGAGGAGUGGCACUCCCACCGAAGAUCAGCUAUGAGUGCACUUUUAAGGAGAAGGAAAAGAGCUGCCUAAAGGCGAUAACCGCAAUGAAACCUUAUCAGCCCUACUCGUUUGAGGAGCUGCGCUACUGUAACACUAUCCAGAACAAAACCACUGAGGUUUUGACCGCAAACGAUCUGGGCAAUAACACUUACGGUGUCUUCUGGACCCCAAGCGUUCCCGGGAACUACAGCCUAACGAUCACCAUCGAUGGAGUUUGCGUGGAGGAAAUCUACCGAGUUGAUGUGAUUGAUGCCGGUCUGCCGCCGCUGUCUCAGGAAACCACCCUCAAGAAGGUGCAACCGCCGACCAAGUUGCGCAAAUUCAUCGCCAAGAAUUCCGCCGGAUUACGAGUGCGCCUACAUCCCACGCUGCAGUCGGAUCAGAUCGGAAUCGUCAAACCAAACGGAAUCGUGUCGUACAUCGAUGAGAUGGAGAACGAUGACGGCCUCUGGGUACGACUGUCAACAGAAUCCAUCCGAGAGCACUGCACCUCCAGCUGGUUCCCAACCGAGGCCUGGUGUUUGCAGUACAACCAACAUCUCGGCAAGACGUUGCUGCACCCGAUUCUGGAAUCGAGCUCAACGAAAGCCCUGAUGGAACAGGUAGACCAAAGCAGUCCCACAACUUCUGAUGCUAACGAAGAAAAUGAGAAUACUAUUGAUUAUUUUGAUUUUAUGAAGACGGACCGUCCCGCCACGGAUGAGGCUUCUUCGUCUGCCAUCAAUGACGAGGAUCCGGCCACCGUGGCCGCGGCCGUCAAGUUGCUCCAGAUAACGGAAGCUUCGGGUAACACGUCCGUUGUGACGGUAUCGGCCGACGAUAGCCCGAUGAAUUCUGCCGCCGGUGCCAACAUUAACAUUGGUAACUUGAAUCAGAGCAAUAUUGGCGCCGCCAUUGCUGGAGUCGUCGGCGGUGGGGCCAAAAAGAUGCAGGCGCUCCAGAAAUGGCUCAAAGGUGAUAGCUUUGAGGAAAACGAGUCGCCCAAAAAGCGUAAAAGUGAUUGUCCCGGCGGUGGCGAUUUACGGGGCAAUGGCAAUCGGUCGUUCGAUCGAAGCAGAAGCGUUAGUCCGGAGAUAUUUUCAUUGCGACGAUGUGACUCGUCCAGCAGUUCCAAGUCGGAUGCCUCCAAAAAUCUACAGAACAAAGGAACGCUCAAAUCAGAUAUCAGUAUGGAUGAUCGCAAAUCAUCGGAAAAUCUCGCUCCAGCGGAUGCUAACUUCGCCUCGGGAAUCCCAUUCGGGAACCGCUCUCUGAAAAUAGAAUCUAAAGAACUCCCGAAGCGAGCCCUAUCGCCAUCGAUUGCUGAAACUCUGCGGGCAGUUUUCGCCGCCUUCCUCUGGCACGAGGGAUUGGUUCAUGAUGCGAUGGCCUGUGCCUCGUUCCUCAAGUUCCAUCCCAGUAUCUCGAAGAAGGAGAGUGAAAACAUGCCCGUAGGAAAUCCGCAUGAGCAUCUGCUAACCCGCGAGCAGAAGGUUCUCCAACGGCAUUCGGUUGAAAUCUCCAAUGCCGGGACUUAUCUCAACAUCCGACCUUCGACGUUGGAAACGUUAGCAAAAAUUGGAAACUGCUGUGUGCACAACCGGAAGCUGAGGAACCGCAAUUUUCACUUUCAGAUGGACAUUUUUUCCUCCAAGGAGGGUGACUAUCCACAACCAAGUGCUCUACCGCCAGCCUUGCGGUGCCUUGUAUACGUUUGGGAUCAACUUUGUUGCAAUUUCAUACAUUUGGUUGAAACUAACUCUAACGAUAAGGAAAACGAUUUUAGUUCGUUGAAGUCGAACAAAUCAGGAGAGGAAAAGACGACGGUAAAUUUGAAAAAUCAGAGUCAAAAAAAGGUUGAAGAUGGCUGUUGGUGUGAGCUUUGUGAUGUGUUUUUACCGAUUCCGGUUACUUAUCACAUGCGCAUCGUCCAUCCCGGCUGCGGGAAGUACGCCAAGGGAAAAGGAUACAACUCGAUCGGUGUUUACUGCGAGGGAUGGGCGGGCAACUGUGGAGAUGGAGGACAGGGUGUUUCGAGUUGGUACCUGAUGUGUGAAAAAUGUCGACAAAAAUAUGUUAAUUCAGCAAAAGUUUCCAACAAUAUAAACGGAGCUGUUCCGGUUGUCACCAAAAUAGAUGGAGGUUCAAACAUUCUUUUGGGUUUCGGUGCGGAGUCUACCAUACCGUCGGAGCUUUUUACCAUUAUGAAGGAGAAUUCGUUUUUCCUGCUAGAACUGAACUCGUACAAUGGAGGUCUCAUAAACAAAUCAACCAAUAAUGCCACUGAAGCAACCAACUUGCAAGAGCACGCCAAUAACAGUCGUUAUAAAACAGUCGAUUUGAAUGACUCAUAUGAUUCCAGCUAUUAUUUCGACGACAGAAAUAUCAACUGGAGUGGAAGUGCUAAAAAAGAAUCCGGCCGUAAUUUGUACGAGUCAUCGUCCGAACUGAUGUGGCCACCGCCUGAGCUGCUCUCCUGUAUGGACACGUUAGGUGUUAAAACAAACAACGACCUAACGGCCUACGAUCUGCUCGGGAUGAACAUGAACGAUAUGCAUGCGUAUGAUUUUAGGGCGCUCGAAGAUGUUUCGAUGGAAGUUGCGGCAGAUUCGUAUGCAAAAAAUGUUCAAACUUCACCUGCUAUUCCCUCGACGAGCAAAUUCCAUCGGAGCUUUUCCAUGGGCCAAGGGUGGAAUACCUCACAGAACAAAUUGUUAAGUGAAUAUCAACAAUCGGGCGGAAAGUGUGACAACGGCGGCAGUAAGAUUGAGGUGGCUGGAAGCAAUGUAGUUCUGAGGCGCAAAAAACAAUGCACAUGUACGAGUGGCGACUCCAACUUGCUGAACUAUCCUUCAAUAAAUUUACAGAAAUUAGUACCGGAUCAUUUGUUGAACAACAGCUUUCUAAAAGAUUCAACUCCGAGCAAUCGCAACAAGCACAAAGUCAACAGCAAAAUUAACGAUAAAAAUAAUAUACAAACCAAUCCGAGGGCAGCAUUCAUGGCGAAUGGGAAACGCCCAGAUGAAAUAAAUUUUAGUGAAUUUUUGGAAAUGUACCACAAUGCGGCUCGUGAAAGUAACGAUAAAAUUAAACCAGUAGAUGAGAAAUCCGAAGGUAGUGGAUCGGGAGGUUCCCCGUCGGUUUAUAAAAUGGAUGUUCAAGCUGGCGCUUUAUCGUUGCUCAACAGACCUUCGAUGAUUUUUAUGCUCGAAAAACAUGAUUUGAAGAAGUUGCGCCACCUAAUGACAAGAAAUUUGAGAAAAACCAUCUGCAAUAUCUACAGUUUACAAGCUCUUAAUUGGUUGUUGAGGUCUGUAACCCAGGCGAUCGGGCUACACGAUAUUAUGUGGUGGUUUAUUUCUUCGCUGUCCUAUUCAACUCACGAUAGUGAAGAUGAACCGAAGCUCGACGAAGGAGUUCUAGGACUCGAACAUCCGGGAUCUAAUCAAUUCAAUGGUCCCCUAUCGCAAACUUUGUCUCAAAGUUUGCAUUGCCUUCUGCAAACUAUUGCCGAUUUAACGUUACAUUUGCCUUCAGGAUCAUCGCUCCAGAAAAUAGCCGUCCAGUGUUUCGGAUUGAAGUUCAAACAAUCCGACCAUCAGUUCCUGCAUCGUUCCCAUGUGUUUGGAAAUAUUUCAAAGAUUUUGUCCAAAUCCGAAGAACAAAAUGAAGAAAAUUUACUACCAUCGGUGGCCAUGUUGAAUUCCUACUCAAAUGUCGGAGAUAUCUAUUCGGAGGAUUGUAUUCGUGUCAAUGUGCUAGCUGAUAUUACUGAAAUAUUCGAUUUGAUUGUAUCGUCCCGUCCGGCGCUCGCCAAUUCCUUGAUCGAUAACUCAACCGAAACCUUUUGGGAAAGUGAUGAGGAAGAUCGCAAUAAACCCAAAAUAGUUGAACUAACCAUGAAUCGGACCAACUAUCACUGCAAAGUUAUUUGUGUUCACAUCGACAACAGUCGAGAUAUUGGGAGUAAGGUGUCCAGUAUCCUAGUGUAUGGAGGAAGUUCAUUUGGUGAAACGUCGCUUUUUAAAACGAUCGAUGUGGAUCCGUUGGCCUGCUGCUGGAUAUCGGUGCCGGUGUCCGAUGAAGAUUAUACUCAUUAUCGGGUGGAGUUUCGGGGUCCGGAAACGACCCUACGCGUUCGACAAAUCAAACUGCUUGGCUACACGACCGAGAACAAGCUGGCACACUUCAAACAUCCGAAUCUGAAGAUGAUUUCGGCCAACUUUAUUCAGCAGAAAAAUUGCGAAACGGAAACGCUGCGCGUGUUUCGUCUUUUGACCGGGCAGGUUUUCGGCAAACUCAUCCUGGAGAGUGGUAAAAAUUACGCAUACGCCGGAGUGAACACACCAACCUCGUCCAAGAUCGUGGAAUCGGCCGUUAUUUCUUCCUCAACCGAGUCUCUCGAUCUGCGUGAGCACAUGGUCGGUAUUCUGUUCAGCCGCAGCAAGUUGAGCCACCUUCAGAAGCAGAUAAUAGUGCACAUUGUUCACGCGAUCCAGAAAGAGGCCCUCCGUUCCCGGGAAGAGUGGGAGCAUAAUGUGAUCUUCAGCGCCGAUAAUGAGACCGAUUUCGAGGAAAAUCUCAAACUGAACGACACCUACUGCUUCGAGAUGUUGAGCAUGGUCCUGGCUCUGUCGGGAAGUGCCGUGGGUCGAUCGUAUUUGUCUCAUCAGCAGGGUCUGUUGAAGGAUCUGUUUUCGUUACUACACACCGGAAGUGAUCGAGUGCAGCGCCAGGUGACGGCCUUGAUCAGAAGAAUUUUGCCGGAAAUUUCACCGGAAACAUUGUGCGAGCUUUUGGUCGUGGAGAAGGUCCCUGAGACGGAUUUCAAUCUUCUCAGCCAGAACAAUGAGACUUUUAAUAUGAAUAAGUGUGGUAUUUUGGAUAUUUUUCUAGCCGUGAUUGCAAAAGCCUUGCAGGUACAAAUUAAAGUGAAAAACAAUUCUAACAAAAAUCCGCCAACGAUGAAACUGUGGCGGUAUAUGAAUAUUUGUAAAAUUGAUGAUUAUGAGAAGAGUACAUUGAAUAAAAUAUCCCUGACAAACUCCCAGAUAAGUAACGUGGAAUCCGACCGACCGGGACAAACAAUUUCGCCUGGAACGGUGCUGAAGGAAAGUCCGGUACCAUGCGAACAGUACGACUUUGAAGGUUCUUCGUCGGAGUUUCUAGACGAUCGAACCAAUGACGAUAAUACGGUGGAUUUCGAAACGGCCUGUCGGUCAGUGAAUAAACCGCUUGUUCGAAUAGAAGCUGCCACAAAGCCACGCUGGUUUCUUAACGGAACUAUUUCCUCGAAGCAGGCGGAGAACAUCAUGGUACUGAUUCGCGAUAUGGCUCACGGUAAGCUGUCGGAGAAGUGGUCUCUGAUCACCAAAGCCGCAAUAGCCGAAUGCAUUCUCAACAUAACUCGGCUGUCGGAUGUCUACCGAGUACCGGAAACAUGUAUGACCACGCCAACCCUAUGGCUGGCACUGGCUAGUUUGUGCGUUUUGGAUCGUGAUCACGUUGAGAAAUUGUCGUCCAGUCAAUGGUCCAAACAGUCAGAGUCCAGGCCGCUAUGUUCCAAUCACGACGACGAUGUGACAUAUGCCAUGAUCAUCUGUAGCCUUUGUGGAGCACUUUGCUCGGACUGCGAUCGCUUUUUGCACCUCAACAGGAAAACCAGAAACCAUUAUCGAACUGUUUGCAAGGAAGAGGAAGAGGCUAUCCGUGUUGAGCUACACGAAAGCUGUGGUCGAGCAAAGCUGUUCUGGCUGUUGGCACUCGUAGAUUCGAAAACACUCAAGGGUAUGUUAGAGUUCCGCAAUGGGAACAGUGCACUGAUCUGCGAUCCGCCGAAUGCUAUAGGAGUUUGUCGUUUCUGUGGCGUCACCGGUACCACGGGUUUGCUAGCGGUUGGCAACGUUUGCGUGGAUCAACAGUGUCAGGAAUAUGCCGCCAGUGCGUGUACGAAAAUCUUACCAUGCGGACAUCUGUGUGGAGGAAUCAUCAACGAGGACAAAUGUUUGCCAUGUUUGCAGCAGAAAUGUCUGUCGUCGGAGAGCAAAGCCAGUGGGAAGGAACCGAAACUGACACAAGACGCCGACGAUAUGUGCAUGAUUUGUUUUACGGAAGCGCUUUCGUCGGCACCUUCCAUUCAGCUGGACUGUGGGCAUGUGUUCCAUUUUCAUUGCUGCAAAGCUGUUCUUACCCGGCGCUGGAACGGGCCCAGAAUAAGUUUUGGGUUCUCCCAGUGCCCCAUCUGUAAAAUGGACAUACAGCAUUUGGCACUAACCGAAAUAUUGGAACCGAUUGUUGCUCUGAAGACCGACGUCAAGAGGAAGGCUUUGAUGAGGUUGGAAUACGAAGGGGUUGCUAAAAAUCUGGACAGCAAAGAUUUGGCAGCAUAUGCGAUGGAACGCUAUGCGUACUAUGUGUGCAGUCAAUGUGAAAAGGCAUAUUAUGGUGGUGAAGCGCGUUGCGAUGCCGAACUAGGAGAGAAUUACAAUCCCCAGGAACUGGUCUGCGGUGGCUGCAGCGAUGUAGUUAAAGCUAAGAUGUGCCCCAAGCAUGGAACCGAUUUCCUGGAGUACAAGUGCCGCUACUGCUGUUCGGUGGCGGUGUUUUUCUGCUUCGGAACGACCCAUUUUUGCGACACCUGCCACGACGAUUUCCAGCGCUUGACAAAUAUUCCGAAGAACAAAUUACCCAAAUGCCCCGCUGGCCCCAAGGCAAAGCAACUGAUCGGCGAAGAGUGUCCGCUGCAUGUCAUUCAUCCCCCCACCGGGGAAGAAUUUGCUCUGGGAUGCGGCAUUUGUCGCAAUGCUCAUACAUUCUAAUUAUCAAUGUUGUGGUCUAGUAAAGACUAGUCUGAUAGGCUUUUCACUACAUGAAACAUAAUCGUAUUUCCGUUAUUUUAAGUCAGCUUGCCAUACGUUUAGGUAAAUUAAUACUACUGUCUAGUAAACCUUGAAUAUUAGACGGCUUUCUCUUAAUUCCCUUUGUGAUACAAGUACAUUUUAGGUAAUAUUGUUCGUUAUUUAUUCGAAAAUAUCUUAGAUGUUUUUGGUAUGUUCAGUUAGACACAUAUAUGUAACAACUUUUCUAGACUAUCACAGAACAAUUAAAAAAAAAAACUACCACUUGAAUUCCACGGUCUCUAGCACACUAAUAAAAUCUGCAAAAUUUCUA